UAAAUACAUACAUACAUUUGCAGUCAUGGGUUGUUGUCACGUGAAUAAACACGGAAGUGAACAGUCCUCAAGAAAGAGGCAACUUGACAGUGUUUAUCUGUUUACGCUUUUCAUAGGGACCGAAUGACGACAUGGUGUGCGGUUUUCUUAUUCACACCAUUUCUUCGGUGAGCGCACUCUCUGCCGGUGGGUCUCGGGUGCUCUACUCCCGCGUGUUUGGACCAGAGGACAACACAGAGGCCGACCCGGAGAGGAGACGCCUCCUGCAGAAGGAGAGACUCCUCGCUUUGGCCAGACGUGUGCGAACUGCAGUGUGUUUGUACCGUGACGCGGCGGGCACCUCUUGUGUGGAGUGUGUGUUGGGUGAGGAAGCAGUGGCAUUGGGUGAGGCAGAGUUUGGUGUCCUGCGUCUCAGCGCCGGGGAACCGUUCCCUGCGGAACGGACAGUUCUGUGGCUGGGGGUGCAGAACUUGGCCUUCACUCUGGUGUGUGAGAUGCACGAGAACCUGCUGCUGGCUGAGGGAACUCUGCGGAACAUUGCCCGUCACUGCAUGGAGGAGUUACGGCUGCUGGGGCCGGGCAGCGAAAUCCUGUUGAAAAGUGACCGCAUAGACGCCCUGCUUCACCGGUAUGUCCCUCAUGGGCAGCUCCUCUUUCUCAACCACAGAUUCACUCACAUUCUGGACAAAGAGCUGAGUGCCUACAGCACCAAAUGAGCAAAGCCAUCACCUCCACCAGACCACCAGUGCAUCUGCCACAGAACCCACCGGGGUCCACCGUUACUCAAGCCACGCUAGCAAAAGCAGUGGUGUUCUUUAUGGUGAUUGUGGAGAUAAUGAGAGACUGGAGGGGAGACCUGGAUAAAACACGACCCCACUUCUGUCGUUGUCCUGAGCAGUACCCAUGGCAAAGCCUUGGAUGUCAGGACCCUGAGGACAGACACAAGAUGCACAUCCAGAGUUGUCCACAAGGGGGUGGUGGUUUCACAGUGUUUGUUACCCCCCACACAUAGAGGAGGUACAGGUGCCCCAUAUUCAUGUGUGUUUGGCUCCAUGUGUGCCGAUUCACCAUUUUGUAAUAUUUACAGUGCCAUCUAUUGCGUAAUCUGCUGUUUCAGUAGAAAAUGAAUACGUUUGUAUGGAUUGCAGAACAAUCUGUCUGAUAAUAUAAUUGUGAUCAUAAAAA